AUGGUCUUUACAAAGGAAAGACAUCGACAUGUAGCUGUUGCUACAAUUUUUUAUCACAUCAUUGCACUGUUACUGUUUAGUGGAGAUGCGACAGUCCACUGGUACAGAAGAGGAAGUAAAGGUCUUCAGCGAACUAUGAAUGGGAGGGUCCUUCAGGAGGAUGAAGUAGGCAGCUUACCAAAUGAACUACGCAAUUAUAGUAAGACAAAUUUGAGCAUUCCCAGUUUCGUUCAGGUGAAAGUGAAAGACAAGCACGAUAGGAAGAUCAGGGGAGGGGGGGCCACUCCCGAACGGAAAUAUCACAUCCCUAAUUGCGACGACACCGAGGGAAGUUCCAAUUUUUUAAAAAGAUUCUACAGGUCCAUGAAAGACCUCGUAGGAAUCACAUCACAUGAUAGAAGCUCUUGUUUAAGGUAUGAGAAGUUCAGAAGGUUUAAACAGCACUUUGUCCACAUGGUAGAGAGGAACCUAUCGGUUGGGAAGACGCGCGUCUGCCUAAUUGACACAGGAGUUGAUCUGCAGGAUGGGGUAGUAACAGAUUUUUUGAGAAUAUACAGGGGGGAAGACAGCGAGGGGGGUGAUAAUCGAGGCGAGCUAAGUGGGGGUGAUGAACAUGAUGAGCAUGGUACGCAUCCCCCAUUGGAGGAAGACAAUCAUGAAGGGGGCUCUCCAAGUAGGGCAUAUCCGAACAGCGGAGCUACCCAUUACUAUGGAAUAAACACUGAAAGGUGUAACGAGGACAAUUAUGCGACCUGCCAAUCAAGCGAUGUCAAUGACGUAGACAUGCAUGGGACAUUUAUCGCCAACACUGUAAUUAGGAGGGAUUUAUUGAUAAAGAGGGAAACAUACAGAAGGGGCGUCGAACUUAUUGUGUGCAAAGCGUUUGGAGAUACAGAGAAGAUGAAGUCGCAUUUGAUGCCGCUCAUCAAAUGUUUGGAACAUUGCAAAGAGAGGGAUUCCAAAGUGAUCCACGUCGGGUAUAAUGUGCAAGGGGAGAGCGAAAAGUUGGUGGAGGUUAUGGAGCAGUUGGAGCGGGCCGAAAUUGUCGUGGUGUCGCCGUCUCUGCGGGUAUACGGUGGUAAAGGGGAGGAGCCUUCCACAGAGAGAAUGUACCCCUCCUCCUUCGCGGACACUUUCGAAAACGUCUUUUCCGUGGGCGCCCUGCGGAACUCUCCCCAGGGGGGGCUGGUCCCCAUCUCGGGUGACGCCAAUCCAACGGGGGAAAGACAAAAGGGGGAGCCAUUACACAGGAGGGAAAAUACAACCCUGUUUAGCUUCUCAUACGGAAAGACCUUUCCAUUUGGGAGAAGCCCCUCCUCGAUGGUGGAAGACGGACAAGGGUACGCAUCGGCCGAUUUUGUAAACACCCUCGUGAUGAUUUUUAAUCUCAACCCCAAGUUGUCUGUGAGGAGAAUGAGACUCAUUUUGGAAAAAUCCAUCGUGCGGAGAGGCGAACUGAAGGAGCUGUCCAAAUGGGGUGGCUAUAUUGACCUCUACAAAGUGAUUGACGCAACGUUAAAGGAGAGGAAUGAACUCUGUAAAACGUCUUCUCCAGAGUUGGACCUCGAUCUGGAGGAAGAAGCAGGGAAUAGGAGCUUCAUGGGGGGUCUACUCAAGGGCGGAUUCUCCAGAGGUGGCUUGACAGGAGACUUUGUUGACUGGGUUGAAACGGUUCCCACUGGAGAGGAGGAGCCCACUUCUGGUGAAGCUAUCACUGGGGAGGUGACCCCACGUUUAGACGAUACAUCGGAGGAGGGGGAAGAGGCGACUACUCGUUUGGAAGACCAAGUCGUAUUCCCACCACAGAGUGCUGAAAUGGAAGAGAUGGGAAGCCAACUUGGGGGUGAAACGUUGUGGCGGGAGGACUCGGAGGAGGGAAACGACCUGGGCUACUACGACGUGGUGCUCCCAGACGUGGAAGACUACAACGUCGAGCCAGGCGACCUGAGCUACUACCAGAGGGAUGUUAUUUCCAAAGGGAUGGAGGAUUUUUCCGAUGGGGUGGCUGCUCUAAGUGAGGACCCCCCCAGUGACACCACUUACAGUAGUAGCUACAAUGCUGAGGAGGAUGUGUAUCUCCCUGAUGAGGCAAAGAAAUCGUUUCAUGGAGACACAGAAAGAGUGACAGUGGCAAGGGCAGCGAGGGUGUCGAGCCUCCCUUUGGGUAUGUCCUUUCUGGAAAAUCACACCAGUGAUGAGGGAAGUGUGCCGCCUCUGAAUCGAAGGAGGGAACAGAGGAAAAGGUAUGGAUCUGGUGAAGAAACCUUUCCUCCACUGAACGGUAGAUCUCUGAGCGAAAGUGAGUCCCCAGAAAGGUGGGACCAAUGGGGUACACACGCAAUGGAUGACGAAGACAGUGAUGAUAGUCUCCACGACCAAGCUCAUCGGAUCACUCAGAUGAAUGGAACUAGAUAUGUGGACGGCCUUGCAUACGACGCGGAGAAGAUGUAUGGGAACUCUCCGGACGGAAUGCCAGCAAGGGAGUUAGGUGGGACCGCAGCGGGGAGACAUCCUCAUGGGGAGGUGAAAGCGAAGGGUAUGCUUUUUAUCCGGAGCGUGAUGCCAAGUGGGGGGAGGAGUAUCAUAGCAGAAGGCGAGAUCGCCAAAGAAGGCCUAUACGAGGGUUACUCCGAAGGAAGCGUGCACGAGACGAACUAG